AAUCUAUAUAAUCACUAAGCUAAAACUCACUUAUCUGACAAUUCACCUUGCCAUAUGAACACACCUUCCUUUGUUUCUCCAAAACACAAUCUACCUAACUACUAAUUUAGCUCAAAUGUCUCAAAACAAGAAUCUCGUAUUCAUCCAAAAAAGUUUGUUUCCAUGGACCACAAAAGUUGUAUUCAUGUUACUAGCUUUGUUUGCAACACUAACAUUAGGGAUUGAGGACAAAGUUGAAGAGGAGCCUUCAAGUGGAUUAUUGUGCAUUAGUGAAUGUGUCACAUGUCCUACAAUAUGUUCACCACCACCUCCUAAACUUGCUUCAUCAAAUUCAAAUCAUCCACCACCUUCAAUCCUAACACAAAAUCCUCCACCACCUCCUUUGUUAACAUCAAAUGCACCCCCUUUUCCACUAAUCACACCCCACCCUCCAUCUUCUCCAUUUCUUACACAAAACCCUCCCCCUCCUCCAUUAUUAACAUCAUAUUCACCUCCAUUUCCACUUACAACACCUAAUUCACCUCAUCCAAACGUUGAAAAAUCAUAUCCUCCACCAUUACUAAGUCUUCCACCACCAUUGUUGACUCUGCCGCCGCCAUCUCCACCAACUCCUUCAACACAUUCUUCAGGGGGAACUCCUCCACCACCUUUGAAAUCCUCGCCUUCUUCGGGUUCGGGACAAGGACAACCUAAAGUAAUUGGUGGGUCACCACAAAAUAACUAUCCAUAUCCAUAUUACUAUUAUUAUGCCUCAAGUGCAUCUCAUUUUUCUAAUCAUGUUGUACUCUUCUUUAUUGUUCUUUUGUUCCUUCAUCAGAUAUUCUUUGCUUGCUAAGAUAUAUAGCAAGUAGUUGUAUCAUGUUCAUGUAUGUAUAGUGUACAUAAUUUUAAAGAAACGCAUAUUUAUAUUAUGUGCUAGGAUAACAAUAUACUACAAUAUUAUAUAGAAUUAAA